AUGAGCGAAGCAAUCAAGUCGCUCACCGCGCAGGACUUGGAGCAGCUGUGCUCCGAGGAGCAGCUGCACCUCCUCAACGCGGUGGACUCGCUGCGCUCCCAGGGCAUCAGCCACUAUAUCUCGCUGCCGCAAAUCAUCGUCUGCGGCGACCAAUCCUCAGGAAAGAGCUCCGUCCUCGAGAGCAUCUCUGGCGUCCCCUUCCCCGCCAAGAGCAGCCUGUGCACCCGCUUCCCGACCGAGCUCAUCCUCCGCAAGACGGCCUUUUCCUCGAUCAACGUCUCUAUCGUGCCGCACCACUCCCGUAAUGACGCGGACAAAGACUCCCUGUCCAAAUUUCACGAGAAGCUGCUCGACUUCAACGACCUGCCCGCCCUGAUCGAGAGCGCCAAGCUGGCCAUGGGUGUCAUGACCAUGGGCAAGGCCUUCUCCGAGGACAUCCUGCGCAUCGAAGUCAGCGGACCUGAUCGCCCGCAUCUAACUAUUCGCUACAUGAAGGAGCCUCGAAGCAUCAUUCUCGCUGUCGUGUCCGCAAAGAACGAUUACGUCAACCAGAUUGUUCUGAAACUCGCGAGCAAGGCCGACCCUGGGGGAAAGCGGACCUUGGGUGUCAUCACGAAACCAGACGUUCUGAUCCCGGGAUCUGGAAGCGAGCGCGACUUCAUUUCCCUGGCACGGAAUCAAGAAGUCGAGUUCCGCCUGGGCUGGCACGUCUUGAGGAACCGGGACACGGAAGCAGAACUGGAAGUGUGA